AAUGCAUUGCGCAUGCGUCAACAUGCAGACUAAAGAACAUAAACACUGCGAAAAAAAACUGUUCAUCUCCAGAAGAAAAAAUAUGAAAAUUACGAUUAUGUGGAAAUACAUUUAGUUAUGCAUGUAAUGACUCUUUAGAAAUAAAUUGAAAGGUAAGUCUGCAUCUGAAAUCGACUUGUACGCAUCACAAUUUGAUGUAGAUUGCUCAGCUGUUCUUGCAUGUUGCAGAAGUUUUGAAGACAUGGCAAAUCGCACCCCACUGCAUCAACGCAGACGGAAAAGGGCUCAACCACCUGUGUUUAGUGGUAUAACCGGAUCAUACGAAGACAAAGACAGUGAUUUUCUAUGUCCAAUAUGCUUUAACUUAAUAGAGGAAGCUCAUGUGACAAAAUGUGGCCACUCAUAUUGUCACAAGUGCAUAAAGGAGAGCCUUCAGCAAAGCAACAGAUGUCCAAAGUGUACUUAUGUUAUAGAGGGCAUUGACCACGUCUUUCCAAAUUUCAUGUUGAAUGAAUUAGUAUUGAAAUAUCAAGGAAAACAAGAACAAAAGAAGAUCAAACUGGAACAAAAGACCUCCCCCACCACUGGGACAGUGGACAUUUGUGAUAUGAUUAUGGAGGACAACAUUGAUCUCUGUGAUGUGAACAAGCUGUUGGAAGUACUUAAUGUGAAAAAACAAAAGCUAGAGGGGGAUGUGAAGUUUGCACAAAAAUACAUACUUAAAGAAUUUCUUCAAGAAAUACGAAAUCGGAAGCAAGGAAAGCUAGAACAGCUAAAAAGAGAGAUUUCCCAGAUUGAUUCUGACACUGAGAAGGUGGAUGGGAUGCUCUCAGAACACAAGAGGAAAUAUCCCUACAUCCCAGAUCAUUUAGUGCCAAAUGGGUUUGAGCCUACCAUGACAACCAGUUCUGAUCCUGGCAGUCAGGACGGAUUUAAUGGCAGCAAAAAUGCCGGAAAGCCAUGGUUACAAACAACAAUGGCAUCAAGAAGGAAAAGAGUCAGUCAGCAUUUUGAGGAUCUGGAGCAGUGUUACUUCUCCAUUCGACAGAAAGAUGAGUACAAUGGAGAGGAAGGAUUGGAUGAGUUCACAGAAUGUCUUUCAAAGUUCACAAAGUUCAAUUCUUUUAGAUCAUUAGCAACCUUAAGUUAUGCGAGUGAUAUAUACAGUGGUUCCAGUAUAGUCUCCAGUAUAGAGUUUGACAGGGAUUGUGAUUUCUUUGCCAUAGCAGGGGUAACCAAGAAAAUCAAGGUAUUUGAGUAUGGUACUGUGAUCAAAGACGCUGUUGAUAUACAUUAUCCAGUAAAUGAAAUGAUCUGCAAUUCUAAAAUUAGUUGUGUAACAUGGAGUAGUUAUCACAAGAAUGUUCUGGCAAGCUCUGACUAUGAAGGAACGAUUACUUUAUGGGAUGCGUUCACCGGCCAAAAAUCUAAACUUUUUCAGGAACAUGAGAAGAGAUGCUGGAGUGUUGAUUUUAACACUAUGGACCCAAAACUUCUUGCAUCAGGGUCAGAUGAUGCUAAAGUAAAGCUGUGGUCUACUAAUGCAGAGAACUCUAUUGCCUGUCUUGAAGCUAAAGCUAACGUUUGCUGUGUCAAGUUUAACCCAGAGAGCCGGUAUCACCUAGCAUUUGGUUCUGCAGAUCACUUUGUUCAUUACUAUGAUCUGAGGAACACAAAAGAGGCAGUGAUGGUUUUUAAGGGACACAGAAAAGCAGUGUCCUACGCUAAGUUCCUCAAUACUACAGAAAUCGUUUCUGCAUCAACAGACAGUCAACUCAAAUUGUGGAAUAUAAAUAAAUCAAAUUGCCUUAGAACAUUCAAAGGACAUAUCAAUGAGAAAAAUUUUGUUGGCUUGGCGACUGAUGGUGAUUAUAUUGCCUGUGGAAGUGAAAAUAAUUCUUUAUAUGUGUACUACAAAGGGCUUUCCAAACAACUGAUGACAUAUAAAUUUGACACAGUUCGAAGUGUACUGCAGGAGAAAGACAAGAAGGAGGAUGAAGUCAAUGAAUUCGUUAGUGCUGUCGCAUGGAGACCUGGUUCAAAUGUGAUAGUGGCAGCCAACAGCCAGGGAACAGUCAAGAGAACUGUCACAAUGGCAGGAUGGCACAGUCUUUCAGGAUAUCUCUUUUUCAGAACGGGUGGAGGUAUCAGCCUCCUGAAGACGAGAAAGAGAGUGUGGUGUGUAUUGGAGGAGAGCCAAAGCCAGCUCCUAUAUUACAGGAGUGAGGAGGAUGUACGUGCUGGAAAGUCGCCUCUUGGGAACCUCAGUCUCAUAGGGGCAGCCAUAUCACUGGACCUCGACAACAACAACCAGUUCAUUAUACUGUCCAACAAUAAGGAGCAUUUAUUCACAGCAGAAAACCAUGAGUCCAUGAUGAUAUGGCUGCUGGGACUACAGGCCAGGAGAGAUCUGACUGGGAGCCAGGGAACAAAUGAUGCCGAUGAAUGUUUACCCAAGCCCAGAUUACGACGUACAUGUGAUGAGUCAGGCGGGAUUGGAACAUCUGCCAUCAACAAAACUGCAGCAUCAGUGUCCCACAGGAAACAGAACUGGCACAGCAAGGCUCGAGCAGUGGAGUCCUUAGACUCAGGAAUGCUUCACUACAGAUCCAAAGGAGCACCAGAUAAUUUGGAAAGAUCACGAUCCCUUCCUCCAGUGUUUGAAGCAGUGGAAUGCCCGCCUCUCUCAACAAGAUGUAUAGCUAAGUCCAGCAUGAGUAAAAGUUUAGAGGGACGCCUAUCCAAGGAUUCAGGAGUAGGCCUCUCAAGUCAGAGCUGGAAGUUGUCAACUCUAAGUUUGGACAAUCAGCACAAGAUAUUGAGGGAACUUUGUAGAGAGGAAUCUAUAAGUAGUGAUGAUGAAGUAUUCAAAGAAAUGUUACAAAGUGAGAUGAAUGGCUUCCAUGAUUCUGCUCAUCACAGUAGCAUUAUGAACUCGCGUGUAGAGGAAGAGGAUGCAAAAUUAGAGACCGGCAAACAGGAAGAAUAUGUCAAUGGUGACCAAAAUGAGUCCAAGGAAAUUGGAAGCUGCUCCUUGUCUGUGUCCAGUGAUUCUGCCAUUGACAAGGGAGAAACAAACUCCUCAGAACUUGCCAGUCGGCUGCUGGACCUGGAAAAAGAACUCAUUUCCACUAAAUGUGAGUUAGCGAAGGUGAUGAACAGACAGGCUGGUUUGCAGGAACUUCUGGCUCAAAGGGAUGAUGCAAUACGAUUCUUGGAGGGCAGGCUAGACACGUCAAAUUCGGUGGACAAAAGUCUACUAGGAAAAUCUAGCAAGCUACCACCAGUGAGAAGCGAGAAGGAACUACAGGAGAGACUCAGAAUUCUACAGAAUCAAAACAGGUUCUUGAAUGAAGAAGUGAAGAAAUUAGCCAAGCUCAGAACGACUGAUCGGUCCACGUUUUAUCAGCAAGAGGAUAAAGUGAAGGCUUUAGAGGCUGAGAUAGAGAAAUGGCGACUAGAUUAUGUGUCUCUGAUCCAGUCCAGCAUCAGGUUCUCAGGCUGUGAUACCAUAGAUGAUGCUGAACUAGUUCUGUUUGGAGGAGACAGACACAAGAGAAAAAUUCAGAAGUUGUUAGAAGAAGCCAGAAGUGUGAAUCCUAGUCUUCCUACUUAUGAAAGUCUUGCCAAUGGAGAGGUACAUGUGGACAGUUAUGGGUUUAAACACGUGUUUGAGGACACGUGUAAUGGACUGCUGCUUCACUACCUGUGUCAGGAACUGACCCUGCAUUAUCUGAUGCAGGCAGGUUCCUAUGAGGAGCAUCAGAAGAAAUGGACACAAUUCAUGAGAUUGCAUGGAAAAUCCAUGGCUAGUCAUCUGAAGGACAUGAAGUGCCUGUGUCGUGGUGGGAUUCCAGACCGAUUUAGAAGUCAGGUGUGGCGUCAGCUUGUUCACUGGCAAGUUCGAGAGGUGAUGAAUGCCAAGGGACAGCACUAUUACAGGAACCUUUGUAACAUGCUGCCAGACUCCCCAUUGGCUGCCCGCUACAGGAAACAGAUUUCUCUAGACUUGAUGAGGACUAUGCCAAGCAACAUGAAGUUCUCUUCCCAAGGUUGCAAAGGGGUUAUGGACUUACAAGAUGUUCUGUUGGCUUACUGUGUUCACAAUCCAACUGUGGGUUACUGUCAGGGCAUGAACUUCAUAGUGGGACUGGCACUCAUUUUCAUGGAUGCUCAGGAUGCAUUUUGGACUCUGGUAGCAGUCACAGAGAAGUACUUUCCCUGCCAUUACUUUGAUCAAAACUUGAUUGGAGCUCAGUCAGACCAACAAGUUCUUAAAGAUCUCCUUGCAGAGAAACUGCCAAAGUUAAGUCGCCAUCUAGAGUCUAUGGACAUUGAAAUCUCCACAGUAACUCUCAACUGGUUCCUGGCCAUUUUCUUUGAUGCAGUGCCCUUUCAGACCCUUAUUCGAAUAUGGGAUUGUUUCCUACUGGAAGGCCCUAAGGUUUUAUUUCGAUUUGCUUUGGCAAUCCUGAAGCUGCACGAGAAGGAAAUCUUGCUGAAGACUGACACAAUAAGUAUCAUGAGGCAUCUCAAAGCUGCUGCCAAACUUACUUACGAUGCAGAUGGACUCAUUAAGGUUGCAUUUGAUGGUAUAAAACCAUUCUCAAGAAGGAAAGACAUUUCCACAAAACAAGCAUGCUACCUGAACACUCUCAAGGAACAGAACAAGAAAAAAGAACUACAGAGACUGGCAUAUACUGAAAGAGAGCACAUGUAUAUGACCAUGGAGAGUGGAAACUAUCAAAAUCUUGGUGCUGCAGUUGUUAUCGAAGAUGGAAAAGUAUGGCUAACAUAUGGGGAGCAGAACUCGGCGAGAUUAUGCAAAGUCACAUGUGAGGAAGGUGUAAUGUAUGACCUUGGAAUGAAUUUUGAUUCCCGUGUGAUGUGCAUGGAGAAUGCACCAGACAAUACAGUAUUGCUGGGAACCCUCUCCUGGAUGCUCUAUGCAUACGAUUCAAAGACAAGAGAGAGGUUGUGGGAGCUGCUUCUGCAUGAUGCGGUUUUGUCACUGUGUUGUUUUGAAGAUGAAGAUUCCAUGCUGGUCAGAACUUUUGCUGGUCUGGCUGAUGGCACUCUGGCCGUUACUGAGCAACAAGACAUGAGAAAGGUAUUCCCAAGCAAUGAUGUGUUGUACAUUCCCAUUGGUCAAGCUCCUAUUUCUUGCCUCCUGUUGCUAGAUGACUUUUUGUGGUGUGCAAGUGGCAACAGUGUCAACAUCAUUCAAGCAAGGACCUUGGAUCCCAUUGACAAUUUCAAUGUCUCCAUCAAUCCCUAUGACCACAUUCUGUCCAUGGUGCCUGGGGACUAUGGCAUUUGGGUCACUCUGCGAGGGUCAUCAAUCUUAGAACUCUGGGACCCCAAAAACCUGAACUGCAAGCUACUGUAUGAUACAAGGACAGACAGAUACCCACAACUUAGAAAGGAGGAUGACACAUACUUCAACAGAGCAAGAAUAACAUCCAUCAUGGACCUUGGCUCAACCGUCUGGGUAGGAACAGGGGAAGGCAACUUAAUCAUUUAUGAAAUUAUGGAGCAUCUUAACCUGAAAACACCUACUGAAGUUUCUCCUACAACAGAAAACUGGACAGGACAGACUGGCUCAUCUCCUGGUAACAAUAAACCCAGUUCUAAGAGCAAAUCUGUUAUAAAGAGUAAAAGUUCACCUAUUCUUUGCAGCAAGCAAAUAAGGAAGAGGUCCCCCAAACCAAGACUAUCCGGAGGUGAAAAUCAACCUGCUCUGCCUGUGAAAUCAGACUUAUUAAGCAAAAUCUUGAAUAGUUCUGAGGCAGAAUCCACAGGUAGUUUGACUCCUAAAAACUCUUCUCCUAGACAUCCAGCAUUGUGUGAGAAGAAACACAAUGACCAAAGACCAAUGACAAUUGAAGGGAAAGAAAUGGAGACAGUCAGUGAUCAGAAUGGAAUAGACUUGCAAAUGGGAGAAAUGUUGAUUGGAAAAAUUGAGUUAGACAGUGAUGAAAGUACUUAUCAUUCAGACAAAGAGGAUUUAGGCAAGCCACUAUACGAGGUACAUCAGAACAAAGUUCCUUGUACAAUGGAUGCCAUUAACAGAGACAAGAAGGACAGUGUAGAUUGCACACAAAAGCGAACCAAGGCAGUGAGACCUACCAACCUUCUACCUACCAAACGUUCACAGUGGUCCACAAAGAAGAAAGAUAUUGCCAGUCAAGACAAUCUUGAUUGUUUGUUUAAACAGCUGAUUGAUGUGAAAAGGAAGGGGUCUUUGGACAAUGCCAUGAAGAACUGUGUGCAGAAGUCAAAAUCAUGUGAAUGCUUAACUUAUGACAAUUCAUUUUCAAAUGGAUUGGACACCAAGUCAGAAGAUUCAGAUCAGAAGGAUGAUUGUGGCUUUCUUAUUGAUUGUUCUGUCAGUAAAACAGGACAGAGUCCAGUCAUGGGUGAGGAAUAUCAGAAAGAGGCUCUUCAAGACACUAUAUCAUGUGACAGCAAGGUCAUGUCUCGUCAUCAUAAGGUCAACUCCUGGCUCAGCUCCAUAGAUGAUUCUCAAACAUGUGACUCGGAGAAUGAAGAGAUGAAAGAAAAUGUAUUAGAUACUGAUGGCGGGGUUUUUUGUACAGAGUCAAACAUCAAUGUGAACUCUCUAGUUCAGGAGACAAAAUCCAAAGAGACUUUAAACAAUGAUACAAUCAGUGCACAAGAGACACCAAAGAGUGAAAGCGCGUGUGCUAGCAAUAACUGUACCAGCAUAAGUAAUUCUGAUGGUGGUAAAGAAAGGAGUAGUCGUGUGUCUGAAAUAAUGACCAAAGUACUUGGGCAGAGGAGAUCAUCAGAUAGAACCCAGGACACAAGCAGUGAGAGUGACAGACCGAUGCCCAAAUCCAAUGCAAUGGAAGCCAAGUAUCACUUGGAUUUCUCAGAGAUGCAGGUGUUGACUGAUGUGGAAGGUGAUCCAAGUCGACGAUCUAGUCAGACCCGCAGGAGAAGCAGUGAGUUUUCCAGUGAGAUGGAGUCCAGACUUAUUACCCAGAUGUCCAGGCUAGACAACUGGUCUUUAAACAACAGUAAAUCCAGCAUUUCCUCCAGUCCCAAGAUCCUGGAAAUGAUGCAGACUCCCAGUCUGGCCAGCAGACACCAGUCAGUUGGUCGAGUAUCCAGAGAACUUGUUCCAGGAGAUUUAAGUACGGUCAGUCCUCGUAGCUCCAUGGACCAACGAGUGGCUGACUUCCUGAGGACUCCAAGCAUUAGCAGCAGACCCAGCUCUGUGUGGUCCAGCUACGAAAAUAUUUCUACACCCUCAGUGAAAGAGCAGGAUUUCAUUGGUAGACAGUUUGCAAACAUGCAUAAUUUGAUUAUUCAUACUGACAGCUCGAAUUCUCUCAGUAGUAUGGCAGAGGCUUUGUGUGUGGUGGAAUUAUCCAUGGAGGUCAAGGUCAAAAUUGCUGAUAGACCAGUCAGAGGAUUUUUGAAAACAAGAAAUUGUGGAGAGCCAUCCAUCCUGAGUUUUACAGGUUGUUAUGGAGACGAUGAAUCAGUUCUGAAGUGGAGAAAAGAACCAAAUGAGCAAUUCUGGACCAAUGAGCCGGUCUUAGAGAUCUGUCCUAAGACAAAGUUAACUCGUCUGCCUAGCUACAUGAGAGGUCGGUUAUCCAGCACUUCAUCCCAAGCCAGCACCAAGAGUUUCCACAGUGUUUCCUCACAACCAAAGUGAAACACAGAAACACAUUUUCGAAGCCUUGUUAUUGCAAGGCAUUUUGCCCUAGUUCCACAGUAAUCUCAUAUAUUCACUGUUUUGCCAUUGCCUUAAAUUUUCAACAAAUCAUUUUCGAUUUUCAUUUCGUCAGUUGAAUCACUGUUAAAAGAUGAGGGCUUAAUGCUUUAAUGCUUAGUCUAUACCUUCAGAUUUCGGUGUGAUACCGCAGUCUGAUUUUCAUCAAUUUCACUUUAAUUAUGGUCUGUAGAUAAAACCAUUCAUAGUCAAAUGUAAAUUUUUGUGAAGAGAGGCUUCAAGGUCCAUUUUCAGUCAUGGUUUUGAUUUAGAAUCAUGAAUUUCAAACAACAUUGGGCAUUUGUGUAAUACAACACAUUCUACUUGUAAUGCAAUUUUGAAAAUACACCAAUGAUAAACAAUUCAAUGAAGGUUUGAAAAUGAUAAAUAGAUCAAGUUUACAAUUAACAGAGAUUGUUUUUACCUUGUAUAUUUGAUAUACAUGCUACAUUAGAGUCUGAUUUGAUCUCAUUUUUAAGAGUGAUGUCAAGGACUGUAAAUUCAGAAACUUUUGAUAGCUUUCUUAGUGUGUUUGAUGUCAUGAAUUAUAGUUACUUUGUAGCCAAAAUCUUUAUAUACUGUAUAUAUGAUAGCUUCUGAAUUUACAGUUGUUGAAGGUUAGGGUGUUAUAGGCAAGACAAUAUGUCAAUGGUUUUGCAAUUUAUUUAGCUUAGUAUUAACUUGUAUAAGUAUGCAAUAUUAUUCUUUAAUUUUUUAAUCGAGGCAUAAGUAGUUGAAGACAUUCUAUUUGUUGCUUUAACAGGAAAUGUGUGAUCCUUGUUCAAAAUAGUGCAAUAAACAGUGACACUUUUGUGCAAUGAUCAUUAUAGAAUGAAAUGUUUUACGGAUUAUGCAUUCUUCAAAUGAUCACAAUACCAUUUGUUUGUUAUAAAAGAUGUUCUUGUUUUAUUUUUGUAAGACCUAUCAGAAAUUGGUUUUUAGAACUUUUACCUUUUUUUAAUGCUUUUGAUUAUGGUACAUAUAACUUAACGUUAUGGGCUUGGCACAAUUAACAGUUGAUAAAGAUUCUGAGAUCUUUUUUUCACAGAAUUACUAUGGUUGUAAAUGCAUUCCUAUAUGCCAAAUGUAGAUUUAGUGAAUUGUAUUGAAUUUAUAGAAUCUCAUGUUGAACUUCACUCUAGUCUUUCAUGGUUCAUUCUUAGCUUCUUUCAUUUGAUCUCUCGCAUGAUGACUCAUGGCAUUAUUUGUACUGUAAAUAUUGUAGUCGUGGUGAUGGCCUUGACCCUGGUAAUAAUGUCUAAAAUGCAAAUGCCAGUGUCACCAACUCUUCUUUGGCAUUUGGGGAAAUUGAUCACUGCAAAAGAGCUAAAAAUUGUAAAACUGCUUCAUCCGUUUCUAAUAUAAUGACAAUUUUGCAUUUGAAAUGAGUUCCCAGUUGUUGAAAAUAUUGUUGACUGUUAUAUACAAUAUUAUUAUAUUAAAUAUGUUGAAGGACUGAA